AUGUUGUCACUGUGUAUUCUGAUAUUCCUAUCACUGCAAAUUGUUGAAGGAGUCGUGAACUGCGACGGUCAAGCAGACGGGAACUACGAAGUGACAUGUCUCGGAUACACCAAUUGUCACGACGGUGUGGCUACUGACGUUGACUGUUAUGAUGGGAAGCUGUACAAUCCCACCAGCAAUCAAUGUGACGAUCCUAUAUAUCCACCCUGCAACAUAGACCGGGACUGCAGUGGUACUCCUAACGGUCGCUUUCCCGACAUGGAAACAAAUUGUACGUCAUAUUAUACUUGUUCAAAUGGAAUUUUUUUCGGCCACAACUUCUGUAACCCAGGUUUGGUAUAUGACCAGAUAAAACAGCUAUGUAAUUGGCCUCACAAUGUAUCUCCGCCUUGUGGUACGAGUACUAGAUAA